AUGGCGAGUGACAGUGAACAGCAGCAAUGGUUCCUUCGUACCUCAUACCCCGUCGACUUUCCUUCUCAUGAUGCUCUGACCAAGUCUCGUGCUGAAUUUGAGGCCUUUUUGACGCAAGAACUCAAAAGCCGUCAUGGGGACACGGAGAUGGCUGGGGCAGGUCCCGGCGGUAAUAUUGAAAGCGAUGUUGACAAGUCAGACACCUUCACACUGGUUAGCGACCCUACCAUAAGCGAAUUGAGAAAGAAUGUGGAGGGGAUCGAUAUGGCAAGUACAGAAGAUGGCUCUCAGGCAGACACCGAAGUCGAACAUGGGGAGUCGACGAAUAUGCCAAAUAUGGAGAAUAAGAUGUUCACGGAAAACAAGGACGUCACCUACCGCACAACGACGGAGUCGCUGGUCGACCUGUUCUCUGAGUUGGAAGACACCAUUACAGGACCACGCCUUCGCGAUGCUCUGGAAGCAGCCUGGAAGGACGAUCCGCUCAUCACCCUCAAGAUCAUUUUCAACGCCAGAUCAAUUCACCUAGGCAAGAGUUCACGCUCGACCUUUUAUAGGGCCGCGGGCUGGCUUGCCCAGAACCACCCCUUGACACUGAUAGCCAACCUGGAAUGGCUCUGUCGUCCAGUCAUCGAAAAGAAAGCCAGGAAGGAUGGCGACGGCGAUCUGGUCAUCGUUGAUGCUGAAAAGCCAACUGACGACCGUACCGCCUUUGACGUGAAUAAUGGCGUAUCUCAUGGCUACUGGAAAGAUCUGCUCAACAUGCUAGCCCUAGCAGCUAACAACAAGCUCGACGUCCUCUCCAACCCGCACGACGUUCUGAACGUUGAGGACAAAAUCGUGCGAACCGCCAUGAUUACCCGCAGGCUCAGACGUCAAGAAGGACCAACGGGAAGAGUCGUGCCACAGGCCAGCCGUGGAAGUCGACUGCGAAUCAAGAGGCGCUAUACACCAAGAGUCGCGGACAGAGUGUAUCCCACUGGGCAAAGUGACACUAAGGAAAAAGCCAAGCAAACAAAACACAAAAUCAGGGAUGACCGCCACCAAGCAGCAGUGGACACAUUCAAGAAUAACUCCGUAUACCGUGCUCUGCACUUGACAGUUGCGCGACUAUUCGCUGAACAACUACAGGCGGAUCUAGCAGCGUUCGGGAACUCAGAUGCAAAGAUGCGAAACAGUGUAUCUCUCUGCGGAAAAUGGGCUCCUUCACAUGCUGGGUUCCACGACAAGCACACAUUCGUCACGAGUUCUAUUGCGGAAAUCUUGUAUCCGCAGCGAGAUUUUGCUGAUAAGGAGGUUCGCUCUGCUGAUAGAGACACGUACUUGCGGCAUGCGCGGGAACGGUACCGCAAGGACAUGUCUGCUCUGCGGAAGCACCUCACAGUUGUGGAAAGAGAUAUUACGGCCGGCACAUUUGAGAAUAUUAAAUACGAGCGUGUCCCCUCGCUAGCAAUGAACAACUACACGGGCUUGUUUGCAAAGAAGGACAUGGGACGCUUUGAGAAGUACCUCACACUGGUUGCGGAAGGCAAGGCGAACAUAUCGGGAGCGACCUUGCUGCCAUCGACGCUGAUACUCAAAGCCGAACAAGCCAGUCGCUAUGUCAGAGGGAACGAUGAUAAAAUCACCGAAGACUGGAUCAAAUCACACUCUGCCACGGAACUCAUGCAAAGAAAAAUCGCCCAAGUAGAAGCAAAAGUCAUAGACGGACAAUGGAACACCCUGGUAAAGCGUCUCAAGGACUCAGGAACACUAUCAUCCAGCAUCGCCGUCUGCGACGUAUCAGGCAGCAUGUCCAGCCCAACCUUCAAAGACAAGACCACGCCGAUGCACAGCGCCAUCGGACUGUCGCUUCUCAUCGCCGAAAUAGCAGCACCACCAUUCGGCGCCUCGUUCAUCACAUUCUCCGCGCAGCCGAGCAUAGAGAAGGUCGACCUGUCCUCGACGCUCACCCAAAAGUACAUCGCCAUGUCCGACUCCUCAUGGGGCAUGAACACAAACUUUGUAGCCGUGUUUGAGGACAUUCUCCUGCCUCUGGCGCGGGAACAUAGCCUCAAACCAGAGGACAUGGUGAAGCGAGUCUUUGUGUUUAGUGACAUGCAGUUUGACACUGCGCAGUCAGGGUACUACGGCAGUGAGAUUCCCUCUUGGAGCAGCUCGUUCGAGAGAGUCUCGGCGUUGUUUAAAGAAGAGGGCUAUGAGAUGCCAGAGCUGGUGUUUUGGAAUCUCGCUGGCGGGGGGAGAGGCGAGUCUAGUGGUCCGAAGGCGGUGACGGCUUCGGAUGAGGGUACGUGUUUGGUGAGCGGGUAUUCACAGGGUAUGUUGAAGGUGUUUUUGGAGAAUGGCUCGUUUGGGGAUGAGGAGGGUGAGGGUGAUGAGGUGCUUGUGACGAAGGAGGAGGAUGGGGAGACGAUUACAGCUGAACCGGUGAAGAAGAAGGCGAGGAUAGAUCCUAUGGCUGUGGUGAGAAAGGCAGUGGGACAUAAAGCCUACGAUAUGCUCAGAGUGUUGGAUUGA